AUGCCAUGGAUCGCCUCACCAUUUCCUCGUGUUCGCCUUUCUGAUCCUGGUUCGUCUCCUUCACACCACCCUCUCUACUUCGACGGCUUCACUUGUCCUUCUGACGCCGUCCUGUCUCUAUCUACGCCGAAGACACCGAUAACAUCCGUCUUCUCGCAUACAGCUCUGUCGCUUGGCUUUGUUCCUGCAAUCCAAUACCGAUGA